AUGGAUGACUGGGACAAUGCCUGUGGAGUGGCAGACCAGGGUAGUGGUCCCAAUUGUUUAAAAGUGGGACCAGAGAGUGUGUUCCAACUAUCAUGGGAUCACACUCUUCACCCUCCCCAGGAAAGUUUACUCCAGGGUUUUGGAAGGGAGGCUCUGACCAAUUGUCCAACCGCAGAUUCAAGAGGAACAGUGUGGCUUCUGUCCUGGUCAAUAAACAUUGGACCAGAUCUUCACACUUGGAGUGGAGUUGCUAAGGUGGUCAUGGGAGUUUGCCUCUCCAGUCUACAUGUGUUUGUAGAUCUGGAGAAAGCGAGAUUUUCUCAAGAACUGGGGCCAGUGGGCUCUGGAGCCACAGCAGCUGUGUUCUGCUUCCUGGACUGGAGCGAUCAGGGGAUACUGCUGGACUAUCAGGCCCCAUACAGCUCUGCCUGUGACGGCCUGGCGUUUAAAGACUGGCAUCACUACACAGACUUUGUACCAUCAGCAGAUUUUUCAAUGAACUGCUUGGACCUCUGGUGUCCCAGAGAGCUGCUCAGCAGCUGCAUAUGGCUGCUCAUCUCCUCCAUGAUGGUUCUCUUUUUUUUAACAGGGACGUCUGUUAUGAAGGUUACUGCAUCUGAUGCUGAUGACCCCACAUACGGCAACAGCGCCAGAAUUGUGUAUAGUGUACUGGAUGGAGAAAAGUUUUUCACUGUUGACAGACACACAGGAAUAAUCAUGACAGCAGUGGCAGAUUUGGACCGUGAGACACAAGAUCGUUAUGAGCUUGUUGUCAAGGCAACAGACAUGGCUGGACAAAUGGGUGGUCUCUCUGGCUCCACCACAGUGACCAUAGUGAUCACAGAUGUUAAUGACAACCCACCGCGCUUCCCACAGAAGAUGUACCAGUUUUCAGUGUCAGAGGGAGCAGCUGUGGGGACACCGGUUGGACGUGUCAUUGCUACAGAUGCAGACAUGGGGGAAAACACGGAUAUGAGCUAUCUGAUCAAAGAAGGAGGAGAGCUUUUCAAGGUCACGACAGAUGUAAAGACACAGGAAGCUGUUGUCUCCAUCAAGAAGAUGCUAGAUUUUGAGAGCAAGCAGACACACAAUGUGGUCGUUGAAGCUGUAAAUAAGCACGUCGAUCCUCGCUUUGUGGACCUGGGAUCAUUCCGAGACCAGACCAUUGUCUGUGUGAGUGUGUCGGACAUAGAUGAGCCACCCAUGUUUCAACCUGCAGAAGGCACUAUAAUGGAAGUUCAAGAGGAUGCCAAAGUUGGGUCGGUGGUUGGGAUUGUCACAGCUCGAGAUCCAGAUGUGACGAAUAAACCAGUGAGGUUUUCCAUUGAUCGGACAACUGACCAGGACUUGAUCUUUCACAUCGAUCCUGACUCGGGUGCCAUAACGUUGGGAAAGACUUUGGACCGAGAGACAGCUGGCUGGCACAACAUCACCGUGAAGGCUGUAGAAGCAGAUAACCACUCCAUGGUAUCCUACUCACCACUGAGCAUUCGAAUUCUAGAUGUAAAUGAUAAUCCUCCUGAACUGGCUACACCAUAUGAAGCCUCCAUAUGUGAAGAUGCCAAACCAGGCCAGCUUAUUCACACCAUCAGUGUAGUGGAUAAAGAUGAACCACAAUCUGGGCAUCGAUUCGUCUUCACUUUACCUCCUGAAGCCACCAGCAGUCGUCACUUCAUAUUAUGGGAUGUCAAAGACAACACAGCUGGCAUUCGUACCCAGAAGACAGGAUUCAACCGCCACGAACAGAAUGUGUACUUCCUGCCUAUUCUUGUGGUUGACAGUGGACCCCCCUCCCUCAGCUCAACAGGCACGCUGACCAUCCACGUCUGUGGCUGUGACACAGAAGGAGCUAUCCAGUCUUGUAAUGCAACGGCCUAUGUAAUGAGUGCAGCUCUCAGUCCUGGGGCUCUUAUAGCACUACUGGUGUGCAUGCUCAUCCUUUUAGUUCUUGUCUUGCUCAUCCUAACCCUAAAACGCCACAGGAAGGGCCAGAGGAUGACAGAGGACGAGGAGGACAUGAGGGAUAAUGUCAUCAAGUACAACGAUGAGGGUGGCGGGGAGCAGGACACGGAGGCAUAUGACAUGAGUGCUUUAAGGAACCUCUAUGACUUCCCUGAGGCCAAGACUUGCGAUUCUGGUCCAGACAUCCGUUCGCUGCCACAAUGGAUUCAAGCAAACAGAGUGAGUCUUAGUGGCGAUGGAGCAACAGCAGCAGCAACAGACUUCUCCCUGUUCAAAGGCUACAUACGAAAAAAAGUGGAACAGGCUGACGCUGAUCUGACGGUGCCGCCGUAUGACUCUUUCCAGACAUACGCCUUUGAAGGCACCAGUUCACCUGCACUUUCACUCAGUUCUAUCCACACACUGUCGAACACCUCGGAGCAGGAUUUCUCUUACCUCCAUGACUGGGGACCACGCUUCAGGCAACUUGCAGGCUACUAUGCUCCAGGAAAUCGUGAGGAGGAAGGGUCCUAG